CUGCUCUCGGUACAUAUAUGCAAGCAUAGCCAAUUUGCAAUCUAACAAGUGCUGAAGAGUGCAAACACUACUGCAGAGCAAUAAGAACCAUUCACAGUUCACAGCAACACUGAACAGUGACUAGAGGCAAACGGGGACUGGGUAGCUGGCAGGGACAUGAGAAGCUGAAUCCCCGUGCUGCAGGCUGUGUCUGUGGGAUGGAGGCUGGGAAGGUGUACAGCAGUAACACUGUGCUCCAGGCCAGGAAAGCCGUGGAGCAGCUCAGAAUGGAGGCCAGCCUGGAGAGGAUCAAGAUCUCCAUCACAGCUGCCCAGCUCGUGCAGUACUGCCAGGAGCACCGGCGGGGAGAUCCACUGCUCACAGGCAUUGCGGCUUCCUCCAACCCCUUCAAGGACAAGAAGACCUGUGUGCUACUGUGAGAACACAGAGAAGCACACACCCACACAUACACAAGCUACUCCAAUGGUAUAGAUUACCUUUAUUUUUAUGUACUUUCAGUAUGUUAUGUUUGUUUAGUCCAAGCGGCUGUGCGAGAGUACUAUACAUUUUCAGUACUCUUCCACAUUAUUUGCUCAUAAAUUAUUUAAUGGAUUUUGGAUCAUUAAGUCAGAUAUUUGAUUAAAUAAAACUGGACAGUGUUUUUACAUUGUAAAUCAAUAAUCAACCGUGAGCAUUAUACUUUUCUAACUGAAAAACAAAAAUAGGUUUCUCAAGAACUGUUUUAAUAGUUUAGUUUAAUGAAUCAAUUGGGUGACGGUGAUGUUCUGAAAUGACCUUUUAUAUACAGUGUGUGUGUGUCUGAGAUAUAUAUAUUAUAUAUAUAUAGAGAUAGAUAGAUAGAUAGAUAGAUA